GAAGUCAUGCAUAGCAGAUUUUCGAGUGUGUUACUUCUUUUUCACCACUGUUUCGUAUCGCUUUUCACUGUUUUCGGAAUUUCAGCUUGUACAGAAAUUGGCACGUCCGGUCCCGCGUAAAUCAGUGACGCGAAGACCAACGAAAGUGCCCGAGGGUUUCGUCAUCCCAAACCUUUCCCAUCGUGACUAUCGCAAGCUGAACUGGGGCCUGUCACAUUUGAAUCUACCGCGGACUACCUUGCCCUCAGCCCUUCAUCGUGCUGUUUCAAUGACAUCCUCUCAGUUGCGCUGGCGACUAAAGCCCGCGGUAACUGAGACAGACUUGGAACGAUUGACACACGAGUACCGACAUUCCGGUAGUUUACCCUUCUGUCAUGAAAACACUCCGUUCGUUUCGUCCAGGACGACAACAUUUUCGGUUCAACGGCGAAUUCACAAGCUUACCAGAAGUUCGGUUGUUUUCCUCAAUAACAAAGACUACAUGCAGAGCCUGAAGUUUCAUAUACUUCGUGAACAAGCCAAGAAAUCUGGGGAAGCGUUCGAAGCUGGAGACAUACAUCCGCAACAAUUUUUCCCAAACUGCAAGCCGAAAUUGAAAAAGAAAACACUGCCAACUGAACACCUAAUUCAGAUGAUCUCCCCCGGUUUGCCGAUGCCCUAUGUGUGCGACAAAGAUACGCAGGCCACGGGUUCGGGAACCGAAAAACCGUUAAGAAGAAAGGAGUCCGUCGGUUAUUUUCGUGUUGGAGGACCGAACAAAAGCCCUCACUUGGGGACAGCUUUGGACAACGAGGAUCUGGGUGGACCAGCAGCUGAUAAAGCUUUAAAUGACAUCUAUCUUCGUGCACAGGAAAGUCCAGAGCCAGUCUCUAUGCUGAUGGAGCGGAUAUUCCCAAAUAACAGUCAGAUUGCAACACUGUACACACUGGCCGAGAAGGCGCUGCAAACUGCUGUCGAGGGAUCGGUGAAUAGGUACAAUAUGCGAUCAGCAACUCCAACCUGCAGAGCUGCGAGUGAGGCACGCAGGAAGCGCCAUACUCAACGGCCCUCUUUGCCACAGAAAUCCGUAACUAAACUGAGAAAUUCAAUCAAUUCCCAACUUCCGUGGACUGCGAGCCAGUAGGCGCCACAGGAGGGACACAGAUGUAAACCUGUCUUCAUGAUUCAAGUAUGACAUGCUUUAUGUAAAGCUCAUUUUCGAUCUUGAUACAUUCACUUCCUUUUCAACAUCUAUUUCAACCAACUUGUACUCUUAAUUUAGUCCGUUACGUUCGUUUCCGGUUGCAAGCUUAGUGAAG